CCUUUUGCAAACGGUUUCGCGACCACAAACAUCCCACUUCACCACCAGCACCACCACUCACCACCACAACAACAACUAUCGUCCACCGGACAUUUCAAACACACCAGACAGAAAAAGAAAAAAGAAAAAAAAAUGCCCCCUCAACGCCCCCCCACCUCAGCCCCCCGCCCCGGAGGCGUCACAGCCGUCUCCUCCCUCGCCCCCGACGGCCUCCCCAAACCCGACAGCGACGACAUGUGCCCCGUCUGCAAAACAAUCCGCUACCUCAACCGCGACAUGGAAUUCCUCAUCAACCCCGAAUGCUACCACUCCAUGUGCUCCUCCUGCGUCAACCGCCUCUUCAACGAAGGCCCCCAGCAAUGCCCCUACGCCGGCUGCCACCGCACCCUCCGCCGCAAAGGCUUCCGCUCCCCCUUUUUUGGCGACCUUUCGGUAGAACGCGAAGUCGACAUCCGGCGCAGGGUGAACCAAGUCUUCAACCAAGUCGAAGACGACUUCAACACGCUCCGUGACUACAACAACUACCUCCAAAUGGUCGAAGACCUAACCUUUGACCUCGUCCACGGCGACGAACCCACCAAGCGGAAAGCAGAGGCCCAGCUCCAGCAGUGGGAGGCAGAGCAUAAAACUGAGAUUGAGAGGAAUAGGCGCGCAGGCAAGGAACAGGAUGAGCAGUCACGUCGGAGGCUAGCAGCGGAGCAGGCUGCCGCCCGACAGCGCAGACUUGACGCGAUAAAGGAGGCGGAAGAGGAAAAGAUGGAAAAGAUCAAAAUCAAGGAAAUGGAGAUUGAUAGUCUGGAACGGGGACAACCCCUCCCGGAUCAGCAACGGGUUCAGCUGAAACGGAGGGGGAACAAGGCUGUUGAAGCGGUUACCAACCUCGCCGCUGGGUCAUCAUCAACAGCGGACGCAGUGGGUAAACUUUCCAUCCGGGGGCUCAAAGAAAAGAAGAAGGAGCCGAGGCCGGAGGGGCCGUAUGACCCGUUUGGGGGGUUGGAUCUCACUCCUAGUCGGUACAAGAUUCACGGGGGGCUGUCGCAUCCGAAUGUGGAAAAGUACAGGUCGGACAAGGCGCAUGUGACGGGGGGGUAUAGCUUCGAUGAGUACACCUCUAGGGCCAUGUUUGAGGCGUUUGCUGGGUUGGGGGUGUUUAUUGAGGACGAGAGAGACGUGGGGGUGGGACUGGUGGCGAGUGAGGUUGUGGGCAUGGGGGCUGCGCUGGCUGCUGUUGGGGGGGAUGGGCCGGGGUUGAAGAUGGAGUUGGAUUAG